AUGUCGUACACUUUUGUGUACGACAUGUUGAUCAUGUACGACAUGUCGUACACUUUUGUGUGUGGAAGAGAGUCAGUGUUAUCAACCAAAAUAUAUCCUCCAAUUAUUUUAAAUGAAAAUGAACAGUAUGUACUAGGUUUAAUAGAUUUUAUGUCAUACAAUACAAUUCCAAAUGUAGACCAAACAAACAACAAGUUUCAUAUAGAUGGUUAUGAUAUCACAAUUCCCGAAGGUUCGUAUGAGGUGGAAGAUCUUUCAAAUUAUUUGACUAAAAAAAUAACCGGGUUAGAAUUAAAAUUAGAUCAAACACCAGAAAAAGAUGAGACAGACAUUGAUAAAAAUGCAAAAGGAAAGAAGCAAAAUUUAGUUACUCAAGGAAGAAACGCAAAAGCUAGAAAACAGCAUAAUAUGGAUCAACCUACAAGUCUAAUAAUGAGAAUUAAUAACAAUACACUCAAAUGUGAAAUAAAAAGCAACAAAGUAAUCCAUUUUGAAAAACCAAAUACCAUUGCUCCCUUAUUGGGAUUUACAUCAAAACGACUCUCACCUUUGAAGACUCACGUAGCUGAGAAUCCUGUGCAUAUCACAAAAGUUAAUUCAAUUUGUGUGGAAUGUAAUAUAAUCACUAACUCAUACAUUAAUGAAAAUCAAGGUCAUAUUAUCCACAUGUUUUAUCCAAAUGUUUUACCAGGAUACAAAAUUGUUGAAUUUCCAAAAAAAGUAAUUUAUUUACCUGUCACCAAUAGAUACAUUGAUGAAAUUUUUAUUAAAAUAGUCGAUCAGGACGGAAGAAAACUAGACACAGCCAGGAUGAGAACAAAUUCUCUUCCUGACGACCAUAAUCUAAAGAGAAAAGCCUCGUACGUUAAGUCGAUCUCCGAAGUAUACAAAAAGAGACCGUGCAGUCAAGCAAUGGAGAUACUCGACUACAUAGAUGAUAUGACAAAACAAAUAGAGCGGCUUACUUCCUUAACACAGGAGUACCCAAAUACGGCAAGACCUUUAAAGGAACUUCAUAGGCAGCUCCACAAGCGGCAUGCACCCCAUCGUAUGGAGCACAUCCGCGAAUGGUUGCAUAGUCAUGCUAUUGAGCCUAUCGAAAAACUAACUGUGGACUCAGACGUCCAAUGUGACCUUCCGUGUGCCGAAGGCCCUAUUGUGCCGAGACCCACCAUGACGGAUUGCGGCACGCAGACCGAUGCCUGUCACGGACCUCCCGCGAGGACCAAGGUGAGCCUAGAAGGCGUCAACACCUUUGCAGACUUCCAGAGGCACGCUCGCUUUGAGUGGCCUGAGAGGUUAUAUCAAAAAACGACCAUGGAGGUCUCAAACCCGUUGGACUCUAAGUGCCGCGUAAAGGUGGUAGCUCUGGAGCCCAACGACAGAAAUAUGAACUUUAGUAUUCAAAGACUUUAUAGAGACCGAUACCCCGAUCUAUCGUCACUUAAAGGGGACUUCGAGGUCACAGCCGGUACACCGGAAGAGCUCUGGCACGCACUCGAGCGCGUCAAGGAGGAAACGCAAGAAAAUGACACUGUGGCCCUGCACCAUGUCAGCUACAUGCCGGUGGCUAAUAUGAGGAAGAUGGCGGAAGUUAUCUUCCGGAAAACUACCCGUGUCUCCGUCUCGAUAUACACUACAGCCACCAAACGGGAAAGGCCGACGUAUGGAUUUAUUGUGUCUAAGAAGGACACGACCUACUCCCAGCUGCUGACUGGAGUAGAGGAAGCCGUAUCAAACUGCGAGGCAAAGGAGGCUGUUCUUAGCCUUAGAAGCACCCGUGAUGGUAACCUACUCAUUACAAUCGACAAGGAUCAGGACGCAGCCUCGAUGAUCAAAAAGGCUAUUAUUAAGGAUAGCGGUGUAUCGGCCAAAUUGAUAGGCCAGGAGAGGCAGGCAGUCAUCCACGUUAGAGGGAUGACCUCGAACACGAAUAAAGAACACCUCAAAGUGGCUCUUACAAGGGAGCUGGGUAAAUGGGAACCUAGCUACUCCAUCAAACAGCUGCGUCCCAUGCGGAAUAACACCUUGGCAGCGACGGUCGUCCUUUCCGCGGAAGCGGCAAGGCGAAUCAUUGAUAGGGGAAACCUGAAGGUCGGCCUAGUGAGAUGCGAGGUGGAAAGGAGGUAUAGCAUCAGGAGGUGCCAGAGAUGCUGGUCAUAUACACAUGAUGUGAGCAAGUGCGACGGUCCUGACCGUACGGGAUCCUGCCCGAAGUGUGGAAAGAAGGGUCACACCUUCGAAUCUUGCAAUGAGGCAGAUUGGUGCGCAAUCUGCGAAGAUCCGCACCGUAUUGGCAGUGGCAAAUGUAAGGAGUUCAGGUCGGCUCUCCAGAGAGCUCGAUUGGCGGACCAAACAAAGUCGCUGGAGACUCCCCCCCCACAGGCAUACCAGCCACCUACUCCUACAAUAGAUAUCCCUUCCGCUACCCCCACCCCGACUGAAAUGGACAUGGGCUCAGAGAAAACUGACAAGUUAAAGGUUGAGGUCCCAGGGCCGUCAUAUGAAGAGGUCGAGAAAGCCGACGACGAGGUCUUUCAUGGAGCUAUCCACUCCACCCUUAUGGAACAGUUUGGCUCCAUGUGCGACAGCGUGGCGGCCAAACACUUGCAGCAGGCCGAACGGCUCAGUCGUUCAUCUCUCCCUCCCCAGAAUGAGGAAUCUGAUGUAACCACUACACCCUCCUUCCCAUUUAUAGAUUCUUUUAGAUUUAUGUCUGAUUCAUUAGAUAAACUUUCCUAUAAUCUAGAUGAUGAUCAAAAACACAUAACGAGACAGUACUUUGACAAUGAGUUUAAAUUUAAUCUAGUUAAAAGAAAAGGUGUUUUCCCAUAUGGAUACCUAGAUAAUUGGAAAAAGUUGCAAGAUACUUGCUUGCCACCUAUUGAUAGUUUCUUUAGUACAAUUAAUAAUGAGGGAAUAACUCACGAGGACUAUCAACACGCCUGUACUGUUUGGAACACAUUUGAGAUAAAAACAUUGCAAGAGUACGCCGAAUUAUAUUUAAAAACUGAUGUAUUACUUUUAAGUGAUAUUUUUAAAAACUUUAGACUGAUGUGUUUAAAAACAUACGGGUUAGAUAGUUUGCAUUAUUUUACUUUACCAGGGUUAGCGUUUGAUGCCAUGUUAAAAGUAACAAAUGUAGAAUUGGAACUUUUAAUAGAUAUUGACAUGGUUUUGUUCUUUGAAAAGGCAAAACGAGGAGGAGUGUCACAAUGA